AUGAGACCUGAGUACCAUCGCGGAGGGGAGAGGCGAUACCGGGGCGGCGAUGCGAUGGCCGGCGUGGUGAUGUGGGUCGUCGCGCUGCAGUUGAUGCUGGCAGCUUCCGGUGUUUCGGCAGUAACAAGAGUGCUUUCUAAGAAAUCUGUUUGGUUUGAGCAUGCAUCUUCUUUGGCCUUUGAUUUCCCAUUUUGUAAACCUGAAUUUCAUUCUUGCUUCUUUACAGCUUCAUUCUAUGGCACCAGUCAUGUCUACCUACCCCUCUCCCAGGCCUCAACGGAAACCAGUAUCCAUUUGGUCAUCAAGACCAGCCGAUCAAAGGGUCUGCUGCUGCUGGCUGCGGGUGACACCGACUACUGCAUCAUCCAGAUCAGAUCAGGGGUCAUUGAAGCCCGGGUGAACCUGGGUGGGGGAGAGCUGGCGGUGCGCUCCCUGCCCAAGGAGAAGCUGAACGACCUGACUUGGCACAGCAUCCGUGUGGAGCUGGCUCGAGGCUGGCUGGAGUUGUACAUCGAUGGUGUGCUCCACCGGGAGGAGAGAGUUGUUGGGCAGGCUGACACGCUCAACGUCCAGGAUGGGAUCUACGUCGGUGGCACGGGCAUGCAGAAGGCCAGCUACCUGAAAUCAGCCGACCGCUUCUUCCGUGGAUGCAUUGAAAACAUCACCUACAACGACAUUCUGGUGUUCAACGCCACUGCGGCAGACAAGCGGAGCACGGUGAACGACAUCACUUGGGAUUGCAGCGAGGAGUUUGAGGCUCCGGCAGACUCGCCCAUCAGCUUUGUCAAAGAGACAGCUUUUGUCUUGUAUCCUCGAUGGCAGAUGGACACUCACGGUUCGUUUGCCUGCUGGCUGAAGACAUCGUCCCCACUGGGACUCCUAAUGUUCAGCAGUGGAUUCAGAACACAGUUUGUAUCAGCAGAGGUAGCAGAUGGCAGGAUACGUGUACUGAUGGAUCGAGGAAAUGGUGUGGUGGACUUUACAUCUCAAGUACCAAUCAACGAUGGCAACUGGCAUUGGAUAAAGAUAGACAUUGCCCCAGGCAACCUGAGGAUCAGUAUUGACUAUGAACCUGAAAAUGUGAAGCUCAGUGAUACCUCAAGUGCACAAGCCCUUUCAGGGAUGCUUCACGUGGGAGGAGUCAUCCACAAAGCUCGGUCUCAGGCUUUCAGGAGCGAUCUCAAGUCUAUAACCCAUGCCAGUAGCGGUGGAUCAUUCCAAGGCUGCAUGAGAGAUGUUGAAGUCAACAAUGAGCUGUUCACCCUCGGCGAUUCGCGCGUCACUCAUGGUAUCGAGAUUGGCUGUGUGUACCAGUUUCCAUGCUCAACUGAUCCUUGUUUGUGGACGGAAACAUGCACUGACACUGGUCCGGAAAACUUUGUGUGCCAGUGCCUUACCGAUGAGUGCUUAGAGUCCAAGCAACCAUCCACAGAUGAGCCUUUGUUAGAGACAAGCAUCCCCAGUAGAGCAGAGACAGAACCAGUUAUCCCCAUCAACAUCCAGACUGAGUUGCCUGAAGGAACAUUCUCACUGGUUCCCAUUUCUGUGGAAGAGGGAGGCCGCAGUGUCAUUUCGUCGUCCAACAUCCAUCUGAAUCUGAAAUUACGUUCAUAUGGUCUGCGAGAAUCCCAGCUUGUGCUCUUGAUCGUAAAGCCCCCUCUGCACGGACGCAUUGAGAGCAGGGUGCUUCGACAUGAUGAUGAUUCCAGCAGGUUUACAUUACUGGAUCUAAUGGGAAGUAAGAUCUUCUACAUCCAUGAUGGCUCAGAAAACUUCUACGAUGAACUUACCAUCAAAGUAGAAAUUCUUGGAAGGAAUGUUGAAAUACCUGAAGUGCUCCAAGGUGUGGUGAACUUUACCCUUGGGAUCAACAUUUCCCCAGUAAAUGAUGUUCCUAGUAUAGCGCUUGCUGAUGAUGCUACGCUCCGAAUGAUAAAAGGGUCAGUCCAGCCAAUACAUAGUUCUUUUCUUGGGGCCAUUGACCCUGACAAUGACCCCAGUGACCUUCUCUUCACAAUAGUCAAUCAGCAAGCAAAUGUGGGAUAUUUCCAAAAGGUCAGCAAUGCAGGAGAAAGCAUUGUCUCCUUCACACAGGAAGAUAUUAACAAUGAACAAAUAUCAUAUGUGCAUACAGGACCGAGCACAAAGUCUCGAAUUGUAAUCCGCCUCUUUGAUGGCUUGGAGAAGAGCCCGCUGUACUCUUUCAGAAUCGAGGUUAUUCCUUUGGAGCUGUCCAUCCUGAAUGCCACCGAACUUAGACUAAACCCAGGAUCUUCAGUUGAGAUCACCCCAGCAGAACUAAACGUUGCUACUAACGACCCCGAAGGCCACUUUGAAGUCAGCUAUCGUUUAACUGAUUCCCUGCGAUUUGGCAGACUCCAGCAGCUUGAACUGCUGAGCUGGUGGGCUGACGUGACUGAAUUCACCCAAGCUGAUGUAGAUGAUGGGAUCAUCCGGUAUGUAGCCACUGUCUCCGAUAAGCAGAGAAGCAUUUGGAAUGAUAGAAUAAGUCUGUCGGCUUCAAGUGAGGAUGUCAGCAUUGAUGUCGUCCUUCCGGUCAAAAUUGUAGUGACCUCUGUGGAAGUGACCAACAACACUGGUCUAAUUUUAAAUGUUGUAAGACAGGGUGUCAUCACAUCGGAAAACCUUGCUGCUGAGGUGCGACUUCCCAUUACCUUUUCAUCACCCCGGACCUUUACUGUGAUACGUCCUCCAAGUAGAGGUCAGCUGGUCAAGCAAACCACUGGCUUAAUUCCAAUCGGAGGAUCUUUCACACAGGAAGACAUUGCCGCUGGGAUGGUCAGUUACUUCCUUGAUCCAUCCGAAGAAGAAGCACUUAAUGACACCUUCCUCUUCCAAGUGUCAGUCGUAAAUGCCCAGAGUUCUGUGACGUCAUUCAUCAUCACCUUCAUACCAGAUGUCCGAAACUUAGUAGUAACAAACAAAGGCUUAAAUGUUACUGAAGGAGGGACAGUGGUUAUUACAACAGAUAAAUUCUUUGUGACUGCUGACAAUAUCACUGACUUUGCGUAUACAAUCACAAAGCCUCCUGAGCAUGGAAGGCUGCUUUUGACUGACCCUAGUACUUUUGAGGUCAGCACAAGUGAUGUUAUCACCUUCUUGAACUAUGACCUCAUGAAUGAUUUCCUCCGGUACAUGCAUGAUGACUCGGAGACCCAGGCUGACAGUUUUGAGUUCACAGCAUCUGCAUCUUACACCGACCUGUCAGGGAGAAAACGGAGUCUCCACCACGAAGGUACCUUCGACAUCAACAUCCUGCUUCAAAAUGACCAUGAGCCAGAGGUGGUCGUCAACCGUCUCUUCAAAGUAGUCAAGGGUGGCAAGACUCCGCUAACUGACCAGAAUCUGCUCUCUGCAGACCGGGAUGAAAACCUUAAUGAUGACAACCUUGAGUAUCAGAGAGAAAACACUGAUGUCGGUGAUCUCAUUUAUGCCGCGAAUGAAUCGAGCGUGUAUCGGUUUACCCAGAGACAACUGAAAGAUGGCUUGAUUGCCUUCAGGCAACGAGGAGAUAUUCUUGCUGGCCGGAUGCUAUUCUAUGUUUUUGAUGAUGACCGCAGCCGCUUCGCAUCUGACUUUUUGGACAUUGAAGCAUCAGAGCCUUUUGUGGGCAUUCUAAAUAAUUCUGGUUUGAAGAUCUCCCGUGGCUCCUCAGUUGUCCUAACAUCUUGCAAUCUCAGUGCGGAGACCAACCUGGGUAUUAAAGAUAACAGGAUCGAGUUCCUUAUAACAUCUCAGCCUUCUCAUGGACAGCUGCUCUACAGAGGCAAUCCUGCCAUAAUGUUCAAUCAGGAGGGCUUGGAAGCUGGAAGGGUUGUCUACCAUCAUGACAAUAGCACGGCCAUGAUGGACAGCUUCAAUUUCACCAUCCGUGCCAGAAGUAUGGUCAAGGAGGCAGUCUUCAACAUUCGGAUAUAUGUGGCCAGCCACCAAGAGCUCCCUGAAGUGGAGCAGCUGAAGCCGCUGGUGGUUGAGCAAGGACAGGCAGUGAUCAUCGAUCGGUCCCACCUGAGAAUCACUCAUCCAAACCACCUGCCCAUUGAGAUUGUCUUCACUGUGACUGUCCAGCCAAAGUUUGGCAUACUGCAACUAUCAGAUGAGUCUCUCUCACCCACCAGACGAGGGCGGAGACAAGCAGAAGAGCAGCUCAAGACCUUCACCCAGCUUGAUGUCAACCGCAACCGCCUCCGUUAUGUCCAGACUGAGCCUGGAGUUGGAGUAGACCGUUUCUCAUUUGAGGUUGACAAUGGCUUUGUCAAGGUGUCCAACCUCACGUUUGCUGUUGAGAUUGCACCCACAGUGGUGCCUUUGGCAGUGGCCGAUUUCUUCUUGCCCGAAGGGGGCUCCAAAGCCAUCACCAACGAGAUUAUCCAAGUUGCCAACCCGUACUACCAAAAGUGGUACUUUGACUUUACCAUCCAGCAGGAGCCCAUUCAUGGCUUCUUGGAGACAACAAGGAAUGCCGGUGAACGCCUGACGAGCUUCAGCACCAGAGACCUCACCAAUGAGCUCAUAUACUAUGUGCAUGACGGCAGUGAUACACUAAAUGAUAGCUUCACAAUCGCUGCUAUCUCUUCAGAGACUGGCAAAACUAGUCUUUCCUACACAAUCAACAUCACAGUCACACCAGUCAAUGACCAGAAGCCUGAAGUUACAGUCAACAAUGGCCUGACACUAUUCAUCGGGACACAGGCUCAGGUGACCACUGAUGUCCUUAGUACUAUGGACUUGGACACAGAUGACCAGAGCCUGACAUACAUCCUGACUGCUCCAACCAAUGGCUACUUGGUCAAGCUUCCCGAUAAGACAACGCAGGUGAUGAGCUUCACACAGUCGGAUCUAAACAACGGUGACAUCGUCUUUAUUCAGUCAGGUUUGAACACUGGUGGUUUUCGUUUUUCCGUCAGCGACGGCGUACACUCCACUGUACAGCAGAUCUUCAGCAUCACAGCUCGACCCCUCUUGGUAUCCCUGGAGUCCCAUGCCAUGCUGUACGUGGAACCAAACUCCAUUGAGCCAAUCACAGCCCAGCACCUGAAGGCUGUGACCAAUGAGGAGCCCAAGACCAACCUGAGCCAGCCAAUCAGGUUCCUUAUCACCGAGGCACCAAAGCACGGCAUCAUUGUUGAGAUCCUGGACCGAGAUGAGAUUGAUGAAGAGAUCCUGAGUUUCGCCCAGAUUUCAACAUUCACACAGGCGCAGAUCGACAGAAACGUUGUUGCAUACAAACAGAUAUUGGAUUCCCCAGUCACGGAAGACCAGUUUACUUUCAGUGUGGUAUUACCCCUCUCUCAGAAUCUGACUGAUCAAAUUUUUGAAAUAUCCAUCGGAUUGAGAGAAGAGACGACAACAGCGGCAACAACUGUUAUCCCGACUACAAUACUGCCAACGACGGAACCAUCUCUCAUCUUGAAUCUCGGCAUCGAGGUCCAGGAGGGAGGGACUGCAUCCAUUACAGACAAGCAGCUGAACAUUGCAACUCUGGCCGAGGACUUGGGAGAGGUUGAAUCUGUCUUUGAGUACAACAUUGUCAGUUUGCCGAGCCAUGGGGUCCUGAAGAAAUCAAACCAGGAGAUCACAGCGUUUUCCACCUUCAUGCAGGAGGACCUUGUCGAUGAUGGCAUUCAGUACAUACAUGAUCACUCCGAUGAAAGGCAAGAUUCCUUCAAUUUCACUGUCACAGCGACUGCUGUCGGGAGUACUGAGCAGCUUGUAGCUUACACUGGGCAAUUUGUGAUAACCAUCGACCCCGUCAAUGAUCAACCUUUCAGAGUCCUCACCCGCACCCUGAGCAUGACCAUCACCCAGGGGUCAAACAAGACCCUAACAAUGGAUGACUUGAACACUGUCGAUGCAGACAAUCCCCCUGAUGAAAUCAGCUAUGUGCUUCUGAGUAGCCCAUCAAACGGGAAGAUUGUCCUCACCUCUGACCAGAGCACUGUCAUUCAGGAGUUUACGCAGAAACAGAUCAAUGACGGAGAGGUAACAUUUGUUCAUGAUGGAGGUGUUGUGUCCGGAGGAUUUCUCUUCCGUCUCACUGAUGGAGCUCGCAUGAAAUUGAAGCAGUUCAGCAUUAUAGUUGAGCCAGUGACACUCGAUGUGGCCAUCACAGGAAACCUUACUCUAACUCAAGGAGACUCGUUGGCUGUCAUCCCGUCGACAAUAUUUAAUGUGACGACCAACGAUGAUGGUGAAAGGAUCAGGUACAACAUAUCCACUGCUCCAGAAUAUGGAGAGAUUCUUGUUGACAGUGUUGCCACUUCUUCGUUCUCACAAGCACAGCUGAAUCAGGGAAGCGUGCAAUAUUCCCAAACUGAUUUCUCCUCAGAGAUGGACCUCGUUAAGUUCACCGUGUUUGAUGAUUACAACAUACUGGAAGAUCUCAACCUGACUGUCACCAUUAAACCAGCCAUAACUCUGAAGCUCAUGAACAUAACGACAGGCAAAUCUUUAGCCCUGACUACGGAGUAUCUAAAUGCAAGUGAACUAUCGAGCAGCAUCGGCGGAGGUCUAGCAAUUGAAAUAACCAGGUCCCCGCAACGAGGUCUCAUCCUGAACUCCACAUCCAAUCUUGCCAUUUCAGAAUUUCCAUACUCGGACGUUGUCAAUGCACGGGUGUUAUACGUUGCUGAUUUCUUAAACCUUGGUGUGAACGACACACUGGAUGACAGCUUUGUCUUUGUGCUCAGCGGGGAGAGGGUACAACCUGCGACUCUUACAUUCCAAGUCAGGAUCGUACCCCCAAUACUGGUAUCCACCACCUCGAUUGCACCGUUGUCAACAACUGUUCAGCCUGUCACACGGAGGAUCAACACCAUAAACUUUGGCAUCAACCGCGCUGGAGAGAUUCCAUUACCAACCGAAGAGGUGACGACAUCCACAGCAACUAGCGGCAACACCCCAAUUGCUAAAUCGUUUGAGCCUUCAGGAUUCAACCCAGUAUUUGUCAUCAUUCCCAUCAUCGUGAUAAUUGUCAUCAUCAUCCUUGUCCUGUUUGUCCUAAUUUGGAGGUCUCGAAGCAAGGAGAAGAAGCACGUGUCUGGCCGGGAGAGUCCGUAUCCGGAACCAGAUGUGGGUCCGUACCCAGGUGCCCAGGCCGGUCCCGGGCAAACCGGGCUGAUGCCCACUGUACAGGUCUCGGGUGCCUGCCCAGAUCACCACAGCACUGGUUCCCUGAACGGAACACCUCCGGUCACAAUGGUUCGACCAGUGCCCAUUCAGGGCCCCUAUGUUCCACAGGUUACCGUGACGCAGCUUGGUAGACCACCUUCGCCCAAUUACCCGUCAUCAUUUGCCAGUGUAAACUCCAACGGGACGGUGCAAUCUGGGGGCUCAAGUCACAGCAGUUUUACUAAAUGGGAUAGUUACAAGCCAGAAGUCAUAGACUACUGUCCAGCCAAGAAACCCACUCUUAAAAAGAGCCAGUAUUGGGUAUAGUAUUUAGUUCUUUGAUGUCAUAUUCAAAUCAGCAAAUUUCAAAUACUACACUUGUAGAAUAUGAAUAGGAUAGGUUCAUACCAACUUCAAACCAAUUUUAUGAGAAAACUCAUCAUGCAAGGUAUUGCACAUCAAGGCCAACAAAAAUAUGCAACACAUAGGCCUACACAUCUUGACGUACAAAUGUCUAAGUCCCAAAACCCAAAUAAUGCACUGGCAACCUUGCACUCUGUAUUACAUAAAGCAUGCGGGGAAACAAAUUGUAGCUAUUUGUUUUGUUUUCUUUCAAAAAUUUCAAAAAAAGCUACAAGAAAAUUAAAAAGAAAAAUCAGUGGGCUUUCUUUACAAAUUGUUUUGUUGGAUUAGUGGGAAUUUUAAAGUAAAUCACACACAUAAAAAAUCAUACACCUCCAAAAUAUCUCCAAAACUCACCAGGUCUCACAAAGAUCUGUUGUGUGCUAUCUUUUACAAAGAUGCAACAUUAAAAGAGUCUGUCUGCAGUUUUGUAUCUAAAAUGCAUUGCACUAAGUUUUGAGAAUAUGCUGUCCGAUUCAUCAGUAAGUGUGCGAGUUGGCAUUUCAAAUUAUAGGGUCUGCACAUGAAGAUGUAUGUUGCAGCCGCCAUUUUGUGAUGUAAUGAGAAAAGUUAUACUUGAAAAAUUGAGAAAAAACUUCCUACUCUUGUUAGAAGUGUCACUUGUGUGAAGGACUUUAUGGAGAAUCUUCUAAUUAAGUAUAGAUACAUGUUGUCAUGUCCGUACAACAAGGUCGUAUCUUCUUGGGAAUAUCAAAAGGUCGCAUCUCACUUAAAAUAACCCAGAUGUACACACAAAGUCAAUGGACGUCAAGAUAUGACUUGAUGCACGGAGCGUAUUCGCGCGAGAUAAGAAUUUGUUGCAGAACGGAGUUACGACCUUGUUGCACUGAUGCGACGAUGUAUGUUCAAAUAUUGUGGGGAGAAAACAGUUCCAAUUUUAGGAAAAAGAUAUUUUUCUGGCGGGGUGAUUGCAAAAUAGAGAAGUUCAAGAGAUUUUUUCUUAUACUUAUGGAGUGUGGAAGAUAUCGCAUUCAUGCACCUGUAAGUCAUUCUGGAUAUUCUGUGAAUGUCAAAUAUUUGUAGUGGUGUUGGUGGAUGUCUUUUACGAUGUAAAAUCAACUCCGUGAAUUUAUGGGCUUGGUGAUUGACACUACCUUAACAUAUAACAUUUGGUGUUUCAAAAUUUAUUCUGCGAUUGAGACAUUUGUCAACCAGAUUAGGUUCACACUGCAUUGAUUAUUAGUAGAUUUAUCUGGGACAUUUCUGAAUUGGCUGUAUGUCUGCCACCAAAAAAAAUUAAAAGAAUCUAAUUUUGUUACACCUAUAUUUUCCCCCUUUUUUAAAGAAAAUCUGAUAUUUUCUAUGUUCAUCGAUAAUAUUUAAAGAACUUCAGGUUAUUAUUGCUUUGAGUUUGUUUAAUAAUCUAAGUAUCAUUGCAUUCAUUCCGACGAAAAAGUACUAUUUAUUGAGGAGCAAUUUGGUUGAGUUGUUUAAUUAUGAAUCAGGAAUUUGUUUAUUUUUUAAAUAAGUACACGAAUUGGUACUUUGGAUUUUUAUGAGAAUGUCUUGUAUUCUUUUGUACUCAUUUUAUAGUAAUCGUUAAUAUGCAUAUUUUGUUAAUGCUUGAGUACCUCAUUAUUUUACAUUUUUUAAAUUUAGUUUCUUUUCUUUUCUUUAAUUUAAGACUACACAAUGUUGUUAUGAAAUUGCUUAAGUUACAUGUAUGUAAAAGCUACAAGGCUAAGGUAUGUGAAAUUGGGUACUUAAGUUCUUUCUAAGAAAUGAAAGUGAAGAAUAUUCAUUGAAGACUGGACCAAUUUUUCCACUGAAAUUUAAUAUCCUUUCAUCAGUCUGUGAUCUUGGGCCAAAUAAUUAAGGGACAAAUCAUUACCAAGAGUUUGACACAAAUCAAAGAUGAACAAAACAUGUUUGUAUUGAUUACCAUUUCUCUUUGUCAAGUAAAAAAAAAGGCAUAUUGAGGUUCGUAAGCUUUAGAGAACUUACAAAAAAAAAAUGACUUUAAAAAAGUUGAAAGUGUUGCAGACAGGAGUCUUGGGGCCUGGCAUGAAUAUCUUGGCGGAAUGUCUCUUCUGUUAAGACAAUCAAAUUGCAUCAGAUUUACAGCACGUGAAAAUGAAUAAAACUGCUGCAAGAAACUGCUGACUGGAUUUGACCUGUAAUACACAAAUCAAACAAAAAAGCGGGCCGAAAAGCGGGGAUGGAAAGGCCAAAGGAGUGUGGGUAAAGAGCAUGCCUCUGAUGAAAAGGAAGAGAUUAAUUGAAUUUUAACCUGUGGUUUUGAAGUGUCUUUAGUUGACACAUUUGAUAACUUACACAUAUUUUGAUGGUAGAAAAAAUAAAACUGCCAGAGCAAAUAUGUGGGUUUGUCUUUUUUUUUUCCUUCAAAAAUUGAUUUUGUUGACGACCCAUGCUCGGCCCUUUGUUAGCAGGAAGGGACAGAACCUCAACGAAAUAUUUUAAUGCAGCGUUUUGUUUGUUUGAAUGAAAUUCGUUUCAACAUUUGUAAAUGCUUUGUGGAAUAUCACUUCUUGAAACAAAUUUCUAAACCAUGGCGUCAGUUACAGUUACUAUAACCAGCAGUUUUUGUAUUAUCCUUACUGCACAUGUACAUGUAUGUUCCUCCUUAGCGUCAAGCUUUCAAGCUUGUCAAGCUCACAUUCAAUCAGUUAGCCAUCUUUUGUGUUCAAAUCAUUCUUGCUUAUUAUUAUAAUACUAUGGUAUUUAUUGCUUAUAAAAUUAUUCUAAUCCAAAGUUUAGUUUUAGUCACUGUUGCUUCGUGUUGUCAUGUACAUAGCAAAAAAAAUGAAGGUGUACGUGUAUAGCAACUAGAAGCACAUCAGUGUUGUGACUUGCUACGUAUUCAGCUCGGUGUUUGAAACUGCAUCACAUACAGCUAUUUUGAAAACAAAACUGAAAUGUAAUUUGUCUUAAAAUGUAACACUGUAAAUAUAAGAUGUGUUCUUAUUCUAACUCUUGAGCUUGUGUUGACAUGUAAAGAAAAUAUAAGGCCUGGAAAAGGUGGUGAUAUUGUGGUUAAGUUUGGGUGUGCUAUAAAAAAAGGGUAUUCGUGAUUAUUCUGAAAAGAUUGUGAGCAUUAAAACAAUGUUUUACUCUUUGGGUUCACAAAAGACAAGCAAGUAUUGUUUAAUUCUAUUCACUUUAGAUGUCACGAAGUCCUCGCAAGUUAAUUACAAGUCAUUCCUUUAUCAUGAUUCAGCGCCUGUUGCUUGUGACACGACGUGUGAUUUGAUACGAUCAAGCUAAAUGAGUCGUUUGUCGAUCCUGGUCACUUUUUGUUUGUUUUACAGUUUUGAAAAGAACACAAUCUCAGCAUUACUGAUGUAAAAACUGCACGCUGAUACCAUCUUCAGUUCAAAAUUAUGGAAGUCGGAACACCAAGAGAUGUGAUGAAGUGACAUGGCCCUUUUUUGGCCUGAAUCUCCAAAUGAAAGUUCCCGACAAAUGACUCAUUUAGCUUGAUCGCAUCACAUAUCUUUUAUCCAUCUACUCAAAAUGGUUUUCCACCAUUUACAGUUUUUAAUCAUUCAUAGGUUUUUCAUCUGCACUACAAACGAAUCCACAAAAUGGUCUGAAAUCCCUGUGUUUUGGUUGAAAUAUUUGAAAUGUGCACUUAAGUGCAUGUCUGUUGAUAGCAAUUGGGUUCAUAGUUCUUGUGGGCUGUCCACUAGAACUCUCUGGGUAAAAUAUGUAUGUUUCGUAUCGAUCUUUUGAAUCUUUUUGUACUUCUUUUACCAUGAGCCAACCACUGGCUUUGACGGGGUACGAGGAUGUAAUGCUCGAUGAGAAAAUACUACAUAAUUGUUUUGAACCCUUUUUUGUUUAACGUUGGUGCUGGUUGAGACCUGUGGGACGCAGGACAACACACCGUGCCUUUCAGGAUUAAGAACUUUUGGUGCUUAUUUCUGAUUACUGUAUUUAUUGUGUAUUUGUAAUUUGUUUUUACCGUGGCAGAUAUGCAAGAAUGCUAUCUUAAACUUGGAUAACUUACAUUUUAAGUUAUGUGUAGCUUAACGGUAAGAUACCUUUCCAUAUUUUAUUAGAAUUGUAAGGUAAACCCUUUGAAAGGUGUAUAUUUUUGUUUUGUCCUUGCAUUUACACUUUUAACUCUUGUAUUUAUUUUGUACUUCAAAAUGUAAAUCGGUGUUAUGCUCAUAAGAGCAUGAAACUAUAAUCGUUUUAAAAUGUUGUAGUUCUUUUGUAAGCAUUGCUCCUUUCCUUAUAUCAAUAUCAUCCGUUUUGUGUUUGACCGUUGUCAAACAUAAAUGCGAGUUUGAAAACAUUUACCGAGUUUGAAAUUUGGUUUGAUGUACAUUUUCAAAUUUUCCGCAUAAUAUUUGGUAAAGUAUUUUUUAUUUCAUGUUUAUAAUAUUGUGUCAUGAAGAAUGGAAACCCUGUUGAUUGUUUUCACUAAGCUGCAUAAGCAAUGUAGCUGUAUAAGCUAAGUCCUAGGUUAAUGAUGGAACAGUUAUUAAGAAAAAGUAAGUCCAAAACUUAUGUGAAUUUUGUAGCAGUUGUUAACCGCGAACAGAGAGUAAAUCACGGCAGAGUCCUGCUGCUUGUCAAGUACAACUUGUAAAUAAUAUGCAAUCUGUCGACACUCUUGAGCUUUUCUGUCACACAGCACUCGUGGCAUGUAUCUGUAAUAAACAAAUAAAUAUUUAUUACUAAGAAA